AUGAUGUGUGAUAAUGAACAACAUUUGACAACACUGUCAAUAUAUAUUCGAACAAUAAAUCAUUCAUUAUUUGAUGAAAAUCAAGAUUGUUUAAUAUUCUUUGGUGAAGAUAAUCUUAUUCAUCAAUGGGAUAUUGAAGAAAUAAAUCAUGAUAUAAAUCUAGAUAUUUCUCCAACAAAAUUAUUUCAAGGUCAUACAAGUCCCAUUCAAUAUCUUUGUCAAAUAUCAUUUGAAAAAUUUCAUUUACUGUUCACUGCUUCAAGUGAUUUUAGAGUUCGAUUAUGGGAUAUUGUUACAGGAAAAUGUUUAUGUACAUUUUUAUUUUCUAAUGCAAUUCAUUCAAUAGGUCCAUCAUCAUUUUUUACGUACAACAAUUUAUUGUGA